GGCAUAUCGAUAGGGCUGACGGGCAACGGCAGCCGGUCUCGCCGCCGCCCGGCCUCCUUUGUCCCCUCCCCUCCCCGGCGCGCCCAGCCCAGCCGGCAGCGCGGAGCUGGUCGGCCUGGGGAUUCCCUCUCCGCGCUGCUGAGGUCGCCAUCUUCACCCCUCAUCCCCCCCCAGCUCGCCUGGGACCCUGCCAGCCCGGCUGCCGGGAGCCGGCUGGGAGCACGAGAGGGGGCCUGCGCCGCGCCUCGCCCGGUCUCUGCAUGUGACUGCCGGCUGGUAGCGGCCUCCUCCGCGGAUCUCGUCUGCGUCCUCCUCCGCCCCCAGAGCGGCGGAGACGGGGCGCGGGGCGCCCAGCAGCGGGGUACGGAGGUGCCAGGGCGCGGCGGGCAGACAAAGGAGCGGGCACCGCCGUGGGCAGCGGCUCGGCGAACAUAAAGUCCUGCGACUUUUAAGUCUGCAGUUGGAUGUGCAUUAAACUAAUUGGGGAUCUCUUCAGUGAAUAACUUGCUGCUUAAAGAAAGGACUAGAGGAACUGAAGUUGUGAAUCAGGUGAGACUUCUAACCAUGGCAACUACCCGUUUUCUUCAAAAGAAGGAAAAGUGUAAUAUUCUCUCCUGUAUUACUGGUGUUCACAUAACGCUAGGGACCAAAGAAGCAUACGUAACAUUUCUGUGGUACUGGGACCAAGCUUCUGAAAGAAGACUCUUAAAUAACGUUUUGCCUUCAAGCUGUUUGUCCUGGAACUGAAUUGUCUUUGCAGAAGAGCCCAACAGAGAAAAGAUUUUCACAUUGGAACCAUUAUAAAUAAACCUGUUUAAAGAAUUUGCUACCUGGAGACAGAUUUACGGAGAUUGAGCCCUGGUUUUCAUCUGUGUUGCCACUUCAGAUUGUAAACAAUGAGUGAGUUCUGGUUGUGUUUCAACUGCUGUAUUGCAGAACAACCUCAGCCUAAAAGACGACGGCGCAUUGACCGGAGCAUGAUUGGGGAGCCAACAAAUUUUGUUCACACAGCUCAUGUGGGAUCGGGAGACCUGUUCAGUGGAAUGAAUUCGGUUAGCUCAAUUCAGAACCAAAUGCAGUCCAAGGGAGGCUAUGGAGGUGGCAUGUCUGCAAAUGUUCAGAUGCAGCUGGUAGAUACAAAGGCAGGAUAACCUUGGGGAAACCUUUCCAGCUUAUCUGAGUUCCUGUACCUUCUUUCCUGUGUCUCCUCUUUUGCCUUGGUGACUGCUUUCUGUGCUUCUAACAAGAGAAGUGAUGGCUCGUUGUUCACUCUUUGUGAUUACUCCAGUGAAAAGUUGCUGUUCUGCUCUGAUGAUGCCAUUUAUCAGAUUGGUCCAACCGUGCCUUUCAGUGGCAUGCACACAUUUGCCUCUACCAGUAUCACAGAUGUAGAGCUUUUUAGGAUUUUUCUUAGUUUGUUUGUUUUAAGGCAGAUGAAAGCACCAACCUUAGCUUCCCUCAUCCCUCGCACAUACUAAUACACAACAUUGUGUUAUUUUUUAGUCUCUACUUAAGUAACUUAGAAAUGAGUUCCCAUUACUGUAUUCGGUCAUGUAUUGUUCAUACUCAUUUUUGAAAGGUCUGGGACCGGCAAGCACAAAUGAUUAUUUCAUACAAAAUCAGCAGAGUAGAUGCCCGCAUGCUUUGUGAGGUUGCUUUGUAUGGUGGCCUGCUUGGUGCUAGAGGAAUAACAGAAAAAGAAAAAAAAAAAGAAAUAAGUUGCUUUCCGCAGACUGGUGAGAAAUUUUGCUGUGGCACCAAGUCAUGCCUGUUUCUGAAAAAGGACUUGUAACUUAGCUGCUUCAAAGUUAUGUCUUUAUUUUAGUUUUUAUCCAGCUGGUCUUGAAAUAAUAAAGAGAGAGCUUGCAUCCAUGAGGCAUUUGUUGUAAAUGUUCAGUAUAUUUAUUUUGAAAGAGCUGACCUUGAGACUGUAAACCAGUGUAGUACCGUAUCUAAGUGUUGUGGAAGCGCUUUAGUCUAUUUAAAAAACGAAAAGCAUCAUGUUUGGCUGCUUCUUUUUCUUUCUACAGUUCUUAAUUUUAAGCUGGAUGGUCAUUUCCAGUAGCAGCAUGUCAGACUGCCUGCAAUAUUAGCUGAAAAAUUUAGUAGACCUCUCUUUAAGUAGUUGGCAGUUUCUGUGUACUGAAUAUUUAGGGGAUAUUUAGGGGAUAUUUAGGGGCCAUGGAAGUUGCUAAGAGCAACAUGCUAAUCUGGCAGGACAGAUGCCAAUGAAAACAACAUACAGGGUGACUUUUUACAAAGUCAGUAAAACGCCUUUUGCUCAGGUUCCAAAGCAUGUUUCUUUCACACGUUGUGAAAUUGUAUUUUAAUAUUGCACUGUUUUCAGAUUAUGUCUGUAAAUGGCCUCUUUGUUUUUCCUCCUUGUUGGUGGUUUGAGAGAAGUCAAUGGUCUGAGACCUGGCUGAGUUAAAUUUUUAUGUGGAAAAAAGAAAAUCCAAAUAAAUAAGGCAUAGCUGAGCCGA